UAAAAUAUUUUGUUAUCACUUCAUCUCAGUGUCACUUCAUCUCAGCAGCCUCUAAACACAGCACCUCUGCAGUUGUGAAAGUAUUUAAGGAUUAUUUUGAUGGCUGUGUUCCCAUCUCAAAUGGAACAGUGCAAACAGAAGGAGGGAGAAAGCAAGACCUGAGGGAUGCAAAGGUGUGUCGGGCAAAUCAGGCUUAGAGGGGAAGGAGAGGAUAUCGGGAUCAAUGACUGAACAUAGGAGGAAAGGAAAAAAUUGAGGUUAGGGUGAGUGAGAAGAGAAUUGACAAGUAGGCGUACGAAGCAGCAAUAUAUAUACAGGGCUUCGGCGUCUUGUUCUCAGCUUAUCGCACUGGAUUCAGGAAGCGAUGGAGAAGCUAAAGAUGCAAAAUGUGCAGGCAGACAACAGGCUGAGAGAUGGUGACUAGAUGAUGCAGUGAGAGACUUGACUUCACAUGUUACUUCAGCUGAUGGUGUGUUCAAAGUCAUCUGCCAUGGAGGAAUUUCAAAGGAAGCUGAACCAGCGCUAUGAAGGCACCAAGCCCAGAAAGGUGAGAUUCAAGCUAGCAUCCUCCUACAGUGGUCGGGUGCUGAAACACGUGUAUGAGGACGGUCAGGAGCUGGAAAGUCCAGAGGAAAAAUACCCUCACAGCUUUAUCCACCGUAAAAUUCCACCCAGCCACCUUGAGAUGGAGCAGUUUUGCAGCUUUGAGGAGACUAAUAGGGACGAACAAGGUUUCUAUCCAACAACAGGACUCAUUGCCCAAAGAAUAAAUGUAUACAGAGGGCUGAGAAACUACAAGCCUGCAGGUGGCCAGACUGUGGAUACAGAGGGUGACAGCAAGUCCUCAGUUUUGGACUUUGGCAAAAUAAUCAUCUACACCAGCAAUCUCCGCAUAAUAAGAGCACCACCAAAGAAGCCUGAAAUGAUGCGGCAGCACUCCAUCCCUCCAGUGGAGUUGGAGGGAUGUCCAAAGGCCAGGGAUAGGGAAAGUCGGAAGAGGGCUAAAGCUCUUAAGGCCCAGGAGGAUCUGGAAAAAGAGGAGAAUGGGAUCGAAAAUGAAGAUACCAAGGAGACCGACAGCUGCCAGCAUUGUGGUGGUUCAGGCUGCGCUCCGUGCUCCCUGUGUCAUGGCAGCAAGCUGUCCAUGCUAGCGAACCGCUUCAAUGAGUCCAUCAGUGAUCUACGUUGCCAAGCCUGCUACCCCGAUGGUCUGGAGAGGUGCCAGUCCUGCUCCAGUAAAUAGCACCAUUUGGCCAGUACCCAUGUCUGGCGAUGAGAGUGCAGCGCUGAGUGUGUGACCGAUGCGCUAUCGCCUUGUCAGAACUGCCUCUGCUGCAACACUGCUUUAAUCCCAAAAUGUUAUUGGGAUGUUUCAGAGCUCUACAAGGAACCACAAGCCAUGAGAAGACAAGGGAAUAAUGUCUGUUCUGCAGACACAAAAAUCAUAAAAUAACAAUUACUGUGUGCAGUGAAUGUUGCAUGAGAUAACACAAAAACAUAAUCCCUUUUUUGUUGUCUCUUUUUUGCAUCUGUGUGCCUAUUCUCUGUCAAACCUGGUUCAACAACCUUGUUAUAAUUUUAAUUAAUAUGAAAAAUGUGGAGGUUAAAUGUUCUUUUUCCCAGUUUAUUAAUCAGAGAGAAUGUAACCUUUAUCAUGUCAAAAUGAUGUAUUCUUCAAAGCUAAUUACUGUUCAUUUAUUUUAAACGGGAGAAAACACAUAACACUGAAAAUAAGGAUGUAGUGUGAAAAAGUUAUAGCGUGAAAGAAAAAUGUUUUCUAAAUAAGAUAUUGUAGAUCAACUACUUUUAAAAAAGAAAAUUUUAUAAUUCAUCAAGUUAACAGUACACAUGGUUCAUGUUCUAUGUUCAAAAUGCUGUUUUUAUACUACAAUAGAACUAUUUCAUACAUGAAGUGCAACAUGCCCAUUUACUGCACAUACAAUUUUCUUUUGCUCAUGCAAUUUAGCACUCCUUAUUGGGAAUCUUUCUUGAUCACAACCUAAAACAAAAAUCACAUUUUCUGCACAUUUUUUUUAAAUUUAAUUUAUUUAUUAAAGUAUGUGAAGUGAAUGUCGUAUUAUGUCAAACAAAGCAAAAUUUCCGAUAUAUAAUCUAGAUAGCAGUUAGCUUACUAGGCUAUUAGUAAACAAUAUCACUAGGGAUUUCACAAUGUACAAUAUGUAAACAAUUAAAAGGGCAAUAAAAGGGAGAAGUUGUAGUUUGAUGUAGUGGUUGGUGACUGAUGGGCCCCAAAUCUAACGCUGCAUUCAAUCCUCAAAACAACUUGAGCCUGUUCAUUGUAUUUCUUGUUCUGCUCUGAACAAGAAAUACAAUGAACCAAUUCAGGAGGAUUCUGCAUUGUUGUUUUUUUAUCAUGUUGAAGAUGGAGUGGGUAGAAAAUGGGGAAAAGUUAACAUACUGUAUAUCUUCUAUGCUGUAACAAUUCUGUCUUGGAUUUGAACCUGUAGACAAACAGUUUCAUAUAAGUGAAUUAUUUUAUAAAGUAUUGCUCCUUUACCAAACUUUGAGGAUUUUUAUUCAUCCUGUACCUCUGCCUAUCCUUAUCAACAUUCAAUAAAGACUAAUUAUUGCUGGUAUCUAUUAACAGUAUUACCAGUAACA